UGUGAAGGUUGCUUAAAGCCGGCCGAUAGGCGAAAGAGAAUCCAAAAGUUUUGUUCUGAUCUGAGUAGGCUCAACAUAGGGAAUACCCUAACCCUGGGAACCGGGGCAUAUAAAUCCGCUUAUGGCAUUCACCCAAGCAUACAGAGACAGAUGGAAUGGAAUGAAAGAAAGAAAAAGUAGCUCCGCAGCUCACCCAGAAGAAGAAAGACCCGCCGCUAACCUAACGAUUUGGAAAUCCCUGGUGGGCUGGGCCUGAAAGACAAGUGUGUGUGGAUUUCUACAUCCUCGUCUUUACUUUAAGACACAACUCUUCUCUUUCUCGGUCAAAUGACUUGCGAUAGUCUACCUUGAGUAGGACCAUAGGGAUCUUAUGUUUGUGGCGAAAGAUAAGUGGUUCUGUCACAACCAAUAAAGUUUCUAUGAGUGAGCGACCCACGCCGAUUGAUACGUGUCAAUGUCAAUAAGUGGAUGAGUGUUGUUAAAGACAAUGUUUGUUCCUCUUCUUUGAAACGAUUUUGAUGAAUCUCGAAAUGAUACUGAUUGGCCUGAAAUCCUCGACGGUGUUGGCAUCUUUUUUCUUUGGGAGGAGAGUGAUGGAUGCCUGGGUUAGCCUCCAAACAUAAAGGCCAUUGCUAUGAAAGAGCUGCAAGAGAGAAAGCAGUUGCGGGUGGAUGAUGUCCCAGAAGGCUUGGAUUACACAGAUUCUACCAGAGGAUGUUGAGAUGCUCCCAUUGCAACUCACUGAUGGAGAAGAACUGGAGAGCUCAGCUAGAGCUGGAGGAGGUGGUAGUACCAGUUCCCUACUGGUACCAGUGGUGGCUUGAUCACUUCAAAUUGGAGGGACUAUUGGGCCAAAUUCCCAUACUGUAAAAAAAAGGUUUUUUUUCUUCCUGGUGGUGGUUUUGUGUUUCGGUGAAUAAUAGGAAGAGGCCGCCAAGGCGCGGAGCGAUGAGUAUAGCCCAUUAGGAGUAGGAGAACCUGUUAAGAAAGCCGGAGCAGAAAUCCAAGCUUCUGGUAAUUUAUUCAAUUACUUGUACUUGAACUGUUUUUUCUUUCUUUGUUGAAUUAUUUAUUUCUCUUUUGGUAUGUUGGUUAUCUAAAAGCAUCUGUGACUUGUUUUAGUACUUUCGUCACAACUAUGGCAUUGGCAUGGGCCUUUGCUAAACUAGACUAUCAGAGCUCGAUCAUGGCAAACGAAGGAACUCAGACCCGAUCUAGACAACUUGAGGAGCAAGUUAGAGCUAUGAGAGAAUCCAUGGAUAAGAUCCAAGCAGAUCUAGCCGAACGGAUGCAACAACAGAGUGAAGAGUUUCAAGCUCAAAAACAAUUACAACAACAACAGUUUGAGAAGCAAGUAGUUGAGUCUAUUUUUUAAAUACAGAGAGAGGUUAGUGGCUUCAACCUCUCACAAAGAGGGAUAGAGGCAACACCUUUUGACGCCCUCCAAUUUAGACUCACACUGCAGGGGCAAUAGAACAAUUUAGAAUAUGCGGUAGUGUUAGUAGUUUUUUACAUCUAUUAGGCAUUUUUGCAAAUACAUGGAUUUUGUGUGUGUAACCAAGACAAUACACCUCAACGUCAUCUUAUCGAACACAUAAAGGGGACUGGCCUCUUUCACUAAGACAACAAUUAUGGCCGUGUAGAUGCAGUAUUCGAUGUUUCACAAAACAAAGACAGAGGAGGUUGUAAGAGAGACCUUGUCAGUGCGAAGGAGAGGAAAGGCGUGUCGAGAAGAAGACACCUGUCCGGAGAGGUGCAAAGGAGAGCCGCGAGAGGAAAUGCAAUUCUCGGGUGAGGGAAUGGGAGGCUAGCAACCUCGUUUGAAGCGGAUUUAAAAGCAGGGAAUUAUCAUUCGAGAAAUACUCCCCCUCUUGCAGCGAGAGCCCACUCCUACCUAAGGAAGGGGCUUGUAGAUCUAUAUUUGGAUUAAGGGGCGGUAUGGAUGGAAGAGCGCUUCUAUUCUAUUGGUAGGCAGUCGCUGGCCGAGGAGGCUGCUCUCUCUAUCUAGAAUGAAAAGAGGAGAGAAGUAGCACGCACUGGAGUGGGAGUGGUUCCAGUGCCGAAAUCGCCCUUUCUCUUAUUCGUACUAAACUAAGGGGGAGGAGGGCUUAUCUUAAUAUUCCAUCUUGUUUGUUAGCUGACAACUCCAUCCAUCUUGCUUGUGCUCAUUCUAUCACUAUCACUAUGGGGCUGGGGCACCACAUAUAUAAGCAUUGGGAGAUCGAUCUAAUUCUACCAAAGGCAAAAGAAAUGGGAAGCAAAGUGUUGGUUAUCUAGCUAGUAUAGAGAUGAUGCAGUAUCUUCUCUUCAUUGGCGAGACAAGCAAAGAAGUAGAUUCAAAAAAGCAAAGUCAAGCAAGCAGCAACAUUGGUGACUUUAUUGAGUCUUGUCCUAGUUGAUCUGGAAAUGCCCGAAGAAGCCUUUGACUCAUCCAAUGCUUAAUUGGUUGUCCUAAUUUCUUUCUUGAAAACAUGUACGAAAUGAAAGACUUAUGUGAAUAAGAUCCAAUUCUAUGAGAACAUUCACAAUUGAUCGAUAGCUCACAAGCUACCUGCUUAUAGGCGGGGCAUCAGUUGUAACAAACAGGGGAGUCAGGUAAGAAGAAUCAGCCUCGGAAAAGAAGAAUUCAGCGCUCAUAUCCUCGUUUCCAACAUGCAUUCGUAGGCAAGUUUAUAAGGUGGAGGAAGCAACUGUUUUGAAUCCUGCAAACAGAACGUUUGAAUCUGAUCAGUCUAUUGAUAAGUAAGCACUUGAGCCAGAGAGACAAGCAACUAUAGGUAUAAAUAAUUCAGCAGAAACUCUUGGUUUCAGUUCAGCAGUGUUUACGACGCAUUGAGCAGAAACGUUGAAAUAGAAGCAGAGUUUCUUUUCUGUUGGACUUUGUGCUUGCCUUUGAAGGAGGAAGAGUGUGGUGCCUGCAGAGAUAAGCUGUUGAGAUGCAGAAUGAAACCAGAAAUGCCUUUGUUGAGAAGCUUGUUCAUUAUCCUUUUCAGUUGUUCAGUGUACGCGUCCUGAGAUGUGCAAUCCUUUAAUGAGAGGAGAGUAUCAUCUUCUAAGGUAAUGAGAAAUUCUCUGGUCUUCAAAUUGAGGGCAAAUGGGCUAUGUUUAUAGAGCCAAUCAUGACAUCGUAUUCUUUCAAGUCCAGGACUCUAAGGUUGUUGUUGAAGGCAUGUUUCUGAAUAGAGAAUGCAGUGUCUGCUAUGAUUGCCCCAGAUGUAAGUUGGCCUCCCCCAGCCACAGCUAUUUUAGCCGAAUUUUUGGAUAUGGCAAGUGGUUUUAACUGCGAAAGACAAAUCAAUGAAUGUACUUGAACUGCCGGUAUCAAUAAGGGCAAUGCCUGUUUGUCCACCAACAGUGACCUUGACUUAAAAUGUGCCAGCAGUGACCAGCCCUGAAACUGCAUGAGCCGAAAUAUGCAUGAGAUACUCAUUUGGAGGGGAGUCCUGAUCCUGUGGGAUUUCAUUUCUUCUUCUUCUUGUACUGCAAUCUCUUCUGUGGCAUCAUUUGGUGUGUAAGUUUCCUGCAUGACAUUGCAUUGAUAGUAGGGAUUAACUUGCAUUUGUGACCGGGGACCCAUUUCUCACCACAUCUCCAGCAUUCACCAGCUUUUCUAGCUCUCUGUUGUUGCACUUGGGGAGCCGCACCGCAGGUUGUUCUUUAGUUUUGUCUGGUGUGGUGGUAGCAGGUUCUGCACAAAAGGAGAGUUCUGUAUGGAGCAGCAGUGAUUUGUCUCUGAUAUGAAGAAAACUGUUUCUUAGGUGGGGCACUGCGUUCCAUGUCUUUGGCCUGCCAGUACGCAUCAGUCAGGGACUCUGGAUGGAGAGGCCUGAGUUGGUGUUUGAUGUCAUGACGAAGGCCGUUGACAAAGCAUUUUACAAACCACUCUUCGUGCAUUGAAAGUUUCAGCAACUUCAUAGGGACUGUAUGCAGAGAAACGAUGAGUAAUCAUGCGACAGAAAUCUGACCAAGAGGAAUCUUGCCCAGUGGUCUAAUAUGAAUAAGAAAUGGCAGCUAUAACAGAGAUUUUUCUCAAUCGCUCAGCUUGAAGGUAGGUCCUUGUCACUAGAACGAAAUGCAAGGGUUGGUGGAUCGGUGAUUUCUGAUAAUACAAGCAAGGACACACCUCUGGCUGUAUCUUGUGAGCCAGCCCUUACCGAAGGCAUGAUGGAGUGAAAGAUCGGGACUCUUGGCUAUCAAAAGAGCGAGCCGAAGUAAAUUCGACAAGAAAGCUAUCCGAUGUAUAUUCGUUGGAUAUGAUAAUGAGCGAAAAUGGUGGAAGGUUUCACUCCAGCAGGGGCCGCCGUUCCGGACCCAACCCAACAGAGGCAGGGGUAAUUCUUUGCAGUCUAAUGAGGCUGGGACAAGCUUUGCUUUUGUACUGGUUUGGUUGAAACUGAGGAUUUGGUAUAGCAAAGACCGUCACCAUCCCAAUAGAGGGCUCCAGAGAACACUCUAAAAGGGGAGCAUGUGGUCAACCACCAAGAAUCUAGCAGUGGGCCUAGCUUCGUACCAUGAUCAAUUCACUCUCUCUCGAAUCUUCAGCAUCCAUUGCGCUUCUUUCUUGUGUUGACCGAAAAAAGCUCGGUAUGAUUCAAUACAUUCUAGGAACCUGGGGCAGUGAAUCGAUGAAUUGGAGGACAGACCGCUUUUACUAGUUAUUCUUGCAGGGGUCUUGGGCAAUCAAGACCAGCCAGUGACUCAAUGAGGAAGGGAGAGUGGGAUAGCUACAAGCGAUCCAGGGAGUCUUCCGUAAGACAAGAUCGACUUCCUUUUGCACCUGUUCCAUUUGUUGAAUGAAAUACCCCCUUCCUACGGUGAGUGUUGGGUGAGGGAAGGGAUAUUUUGAUUGAAGAGCUCGCUUUGUCGAAAUCCCUAUAAUGAAUAGCAUUUGCUGCUGCCGAAUAAACCAACUUUAAGAUGGGAUAAGAUGCUCAAUAAGGCAUGAGGGUCAGUAUCAUAACGGUUUCCUCCUAGUAAGGCCACUCAUCAAGAACUCUUUUUUCUAUCCAACCAGUCAAGACAGACUCACAUUGAGCGUAGGUCUCAACCCCUUACCUUUCGCCAUGCGCUGAAUUCCAAUUCCAAUCAGUUGACACUUUGCACAAGAACUAGCAAGAAAUGAAAUGAUAAGAAAAACCAUAUCACCUUGCGACGUCUACUUUCAUUUGAAUAGGAACAUAGGCAUCCCGCGUGGGGGAAAACCCUAUCCCCCAUCUUUCACUUCCCCUUUAGAUGAGAAGCCGAAGGUGGCUAUCAAUAUGGCACCUCGAAGAGCAUAAAAGCAAUGAGCCCGAAGCCUGAAACCUGAAACCAUAGAUUGAACACUCAAAGAGGAUCAACCUAGUCAAUAGAUUGAGACACAACCUGCUUACUCACCUAGGGUCGGUCCGGCUCCGCCUACUACUCCUAUCCUACUUAUCCUUUUUUUUAAGCUAGAAACAGAGCAAUAGCCAUACAAUGGAGAGCAUAACCUAAAGGAAAGGGGUGGGUCGAAGGAUAACUAAAGGUGACAAGUCGAUCUAUUUUUGAGAGAAGAGCUAGAGCAGUUGACAGCUCACUAAGGAGUCUGUCUCGUCUAGUAGAGCUAUUAUCCAAUGGGUCACCAGAGUAGAGAUGACCUUUUAACCAUAGCAUCUGACUGUAUAAAAUGGCAAGGUGUUUGUUAGUGCUUCCCUUUCUUUAUCUAGCAAGAUAUCAAUAAGGCUGAUGGCUAACCAGAGAAUCAUUGCCAUAGGGUUCUCGAGAGUCAACCCUGUCUGGCCUACAAGCUUUUGGAGUUAGAGAAUGUACACUCUAUGAGGUGUAAACUGAUGUAGAGGAUCCAGACAAACAAUACCCUUGAAGAGUUUUAUGAGCAUAGUCAUCGAACUUCACUAUACUAUUAGGUUUGUCAUGACAUCUUCCCUCUUCAAAAGACUAUUUUUAAGAAUGAAUCAGGGUUUUUGCGCUCCUUGGAAUCAGGCCUAUACGUAGUGUAUGUAAGCCGCCUGCUGCUGCUAAAGCAAGGUAUGAGGGUUAAAGUAAGCGAUGCACAUCUUGAUAUACUCAAUUAAGUAAGACUAUCUUAUCUAGUUCUGUUUAUGCGUCUAGUGAGCAUUGAACUCCUUUGACAAGCGCAAUGCUUCUUUAUCGAUCAGUUAGACGCUUUAUACCAGGUUAAAGCUGAAGUGACGAUACCAGUGCCUGCCGAACUUCCAAGCCCUCAAAUAUCGAGGAUAUGGUGUGCCCCGUUACCUUAUUUCUAGGUGUAAUAAAGGCUCUCCCCCGACUAGAAGGAUCCAGGGACAACGGCUAUUUCCUCCUAAAAUAUUGGCAGUAGCCGAAACGACUGGAAACCCAGGUAGCGGUCCGGAAAGGGCAAAAGGGCAAGGUGAGUAGUGAAAGCAAGAACGUUCUUUCGCAUAUAGAGCGACUGCCCAAGCCCUGAUUCAGGGUUACUGGUCCACACCAACUGAUCAGGUAUCGGAUAAUAGGGAAUAUUUGUUUCAGCCGUGGUCCAGUCCAGCAGCCUCUUUUCGAUCCAAGAGUCGCAUGAGAAGAAAGCUUCCGGUUAGCUUCAGUUAGUGUUAGUUAAAUAGAACGGGAACCUCGUAACUAUGCCAAGCCAAGCCCGAUCUUGGUUCCAAUGCUGCAGAGAAAGGUUAUGGGUAAAAAGAAGGUCUUUAUCCUGGUGCUGCGGAGACCGGUGUUGCUGAUCGAACUCAUUUUCUUUCGAGGAGAUCGAAAAUCUCUGAAUUUCUGCGAAACGAAUUGACAUAUUUAUUGCGAGUUGAAAAGCGAAAGGAUGAAGACAGAUUUAGAUCCUCUGAAAGCGCAGGAAGUAUGCCUUUUGAGCUUUUUCUCCACCCACCUCUGAGCAUCCUGUUGGAAUGGUCCUAGGAAAGACUACGUACGAGAAAUCAUUCUCACAGCCAACUUUCCUUCUUCUGAGCAAAUAAAUGUAGUAUUUAGUCCAACCAAUCAUUGGUGAAUCUCUUGUAUGUCUUUCGUGAAAAGUGGAGUAUUUGUGCCCAAGAUCUUUCUAUCCCCUUUAGUAGGUGCACACAUCUCGUAUGGUAAAUAUACCAUUGUGCCCUAUAAGGUAAGAUUGAUUGACGGAGUCAAGAGAUGGGGAUCUUGGUUUAGCAGCGGCUGCCUGUCCUUUUCUUUCGUGAAAGGUAUGAUCUAGAGUGUGAUUCUGAUCCCGUGAUUGGGUGCUUGGCGUAGAAUGAGUGGAGCAUACUAGGAAUGCCGAAUGCUCGCUCAGUGAGGGAGCUCUGUUGGAGAAGAGUGGGACUAGAAAGAUGGAAUACCCAUGUAAGGCCAAUAGUUGAGGUACCUGGAUCCAGACAAAACUCCCUUUCAUUGAAACGAGUACUCCACAUCUUAGGGUCCCAGCCAGCCUAUGAGCAAAGCUAGGAAAGCAUUCUUCUUCUUUCCUCAGGAUGAAAUAAUUCGGUGAAACUAUUAUUCUAAUAAGGCCAGCCCUAUCUAGAUCCCGUAGCUUUCUUUUCUAGAGAACUUCAUCUUUAAGCUUGGCUCCCUGGAGUGUUCGACGUCAAACUAGCUACUCUGCUGUUCGGAACUCACUAUUCGUUUGGGCUAUGGCUCUCAGCUUGAAAAGAAGAAUGAAAUUAGGGCAGGCGGGGCUCUCUAUUAAUUGGGAACACUUCAUUCUGCUGGCUACCUUGCAUCAAAGAAAACUUCCUUGCUGGCUGCACUCCGCGCACUUCAAGGAGUAAGUAUACGCUUCCUUCGGUCGAAGCAAUAAGGUCUGUUUCACUGUUGGACUCGAAGUAUCAUGGGCUCUUUCCCAUCUAACAUAUGUGUGCUCCGGACAAACACUUGUUUUCAUCGUUGAUCUCCUAAUCCUACUGGGAACUCUUAGUAGGUGGUAGCUCAUCUAAUCCUUUAGCUUCGCAGGCUUUCGUUUCUCUCUUUCGGUAAAACCUAUUCCAAUUCUCGUAAAUAGUAUGUAUUCGCUGAUAUCGAAAUCAGGGUUUUCCGCUUUGGAUCGCUGCGCUGGGUGGAGAAGAGGAAUCAACGAUAAAUCCAGGAAAGAGCUGCGAAAGAAAAGCGUGACGAGCAAAGUCAAGUCUGCCUUUCUAUUUCUUCUUUAUCCGCUUUGAGAUAUAGUUGCCUUCCUUGGCAAGGGAUUUUUCACCCAGUCACUGUAGUUAGGAAAAAGAAGCUAGUGAACGUGGAACUCCAUCCUCUUUUCCAGGCGGGACAGAGAGAGUGGAUUGGCUUUUUCCUCCCAUCCCAAAUAAAGAAGACUUUGAGGAAGGUUCACCUUGUAUCAAAAGCAAGUCAGAAUAGUUUCUAUUCCUAGUCAAGAUUCACUCUUUCUUUGCAUGAAGGCUUUGAAUAUAAACAGCACUCUGUCACGAUUCGUGGGAUUUGAACUAUUAGAAAAGUCCGUCCGUGUGCCAAACCCAGAUCAAGUACUGUACAUCAGGAUCCCCCCAGCAUAAACACUAGAGAACGACUGUGGUUAUCCUCACAAGGGGAACAAGCAACGGGUCGAUUGCACAUCUAAUGAAAAUCUAUGAUAUUCCUAUCUUUUGUCAUUUGAAAUGAAAUUCAAUGAUUUCGAUCAACUUAUCUGGGAAUCUGUCAUUCCAUUUGUUCCACUUUCGUUUUACUGAAAUAACUCACUUGAGUUGAAGUAAGUCAACACCUUUCAGUUGAGCAACUGUCUUUAGAGAGGGAAUAACCAGCGUUUUAGCGAUAAUCUAACAAAAUCAUCAGUGAAAAGAGAAUCAAGCCGACUUCGAACAGCUAAAAUCCAAUUCCCCACGGAUCGUAAUCGCUUUCCCAUGCUUUUUUACUUGUUGCCCAAGCUAGCUUAGCUUACUACAGCUACUGAUACGGCAACUCAAGCUACUAAUCUAAUAUAUGUCUUUGAUUCUUGUCUUUCAUGCUUCGCCGCUGGGAUUCAUACCACGGAAGCGACUACUACUUAUAGCUAGAAAAGGGAAUUCAAGGUGGUAAUUAAUACUCCUAAAAAAGGCUACUCACUACUACUGGGCCACUAGCUUUUAUUCCUAUACCUGACUGGCUAAUCUGAGGGAUACGGCAUGGCAAGCAAGCAAACUUAUAGGCAAGCCGGUAAACUACUAGGAAAUCGGAAAAUCUUUCUUUUACUACUUUUUCUGAUAACACUCUCGAAGCGAGCAAGCACUACUUGCAACCUGAUAUCUAUCUUUCAAUCUUAUUACCUGCCUGAAAGUCUUAUAGCAAGCAACUUAUCUUAUUACUGUCUUUCCUAAUACUCUAGGUAAUAGCAACUCAGAUUCGCUUCCUCUAUUUCUUCUAUCUCUUAAUCUGUAUAAGAGAGAACCCCUUGGUAAAAGUAUAGAAACUGCAUAUCAGCUUACGACUAGAAUUCUUAUUUGUUACCGCGCUCCAAGCUACUGAACAUAAAAGCUAUAAGCAUGAAAUCAAUCUGCUAAGCAAGCUUACUACUUAUUAACUUGAAACCGGAUAGCUGACCUUUAUUCCUAUAAUCGAGUGGAGUUCUUCUAUCUGACUCCAAACCGGGUACGCCAAGCUCCAUACAGUAGAUACGAGCCGGUAAACUACAAUCUGGUAUUCUUAACUCCGACUUUGAAACUGCUAGCUGGUAAAAAGAAUGAAGGACCAUAAUUAAUGCUAUCGAGGCCCCAAGUCAAGCAACAAAGCUUCUAGCCGAUAGAAAGAAUGGGUACGAGCCUAUCUUGCUAAGACAAGGGAAACUCUAGCUGCACUUACUCCUUGGUCAGUAUAAACUACAUGGCUUACGAGAAGCUGCUCUUCAAACUCACAGCCAACUUGGAGUCAGAUUUCCAGCCGCUUAUAAACGGCAUAGAGAAGUAGGAGCCUCGCAUACAACCUGAACUCUGGUAUCAAGCCUGCCAACUCAAUUCUAUCUGGGUAAAAGGGCAAUAUACGAAAGGAAGGAUCGAUAACUGAUUUAUGGCUUUCAACCUGCUAACUUAGCAUCUUAUUUCUUUCUCCCAAUCUGGUAUCGACUAAUAAAGCGCGCCUUCUAACUCAUAUCUGUCUUGCUAUCUUCCAUCUAAUACCAGUGAAACGACAACUCCUGAUAGACCUUCUGAUACGACAACUGCGACUUGCAGUUUGAUAUCCGGCUUGAACUGUUCUAUCUGGCUUUCUAUCUCAUAUCCGCAAUUAAGAAUUCAAAGCAGUAAUUAAAGUAUGGAUACGAUGGCUUUGCCUUGCGUUCUUCAAUCAUGGCUUUCAAGUCUGAUAACCGCAAUUAGGAAUUCAAAGCACUCUCGAGGCGAGCACAAGCAAUCUGAUAGAGGAGCUACUAAUACUAUAGAUAGGAAACGCCUAAGCAAGUAUGAUACGAGAAAGCAAUUCUAUCUUUGACUGGUUUUUCAAACUGAUAACUGCAAUUCAACUCCCGGCAACUACAAACCACUAAUCUUAUUCCUUACUUCAAUUCUUGUACCAAGCCUACUUAAUUUCCAAUCUCACUACUUCCUUUUCAACUUCUAACUUAUAUGAUUGAUACGAAAAGCGGACUUGAAAACUUAAAUUAACAAGGCACGACAACUACAGCUACAAACUCGAAUGCAAAAGCCGAUACUACUACUCAAUUCACUCAGCUUACGACUCUUAUUCAUGGCUUUAAAUCGUAUAAGCACUAAGUCAAACUAGGGAAAACUUGCAAGCUUAACUUGAACUGCUAAAACUGAAUAGGCCGAUACGAGAACUCAAUACACUAUCGAAACUAACACUGCUGGGUAAAACAAUAGAAACUACUGCUCGGCUACUCCCUAAUACCAGAGAAAUGGCAUCACGGCUUGCAGCUCUUCUUGCUAAAACAGAUGAAACUACUACUCCGGAAACGAAUACUCAAUCUUCAACCAAAGCUUCAAAUCUGAUAACUGCAAUUCAACUAUCUGACUCGCAUUCUUACUCUCACUGAUAAAAGUAUGUAGACGACAAGAAGGAACUAGCCUUAUUUGCCACUUUCAACCAGCCUCGCGUUCUUCAAUUAAUACCACGUAACCGAGCAAUCAAGCCUACAAUUCAAACUAGAAAACAACAGCUCGAAUACGAAGAUUUAUAAGCGAAAGCGAGAGUUAACAUCUUCCUUGAGCUAUGGAAACAACUGCCUAACGAAAAACCUUAUUCACUGACUUUAUAUCUGCUAACAGCGAUUACUACUACCGCUCUCGAAGCGAAUACUCAACUGCCAAUCUCAUUUAUGCCUCUUAAUAAACUAGCUGGUAUUCUGAUAAUCGACUUUCAGUCUUCCUUGCAGGCAGGCUUUGUAAAGCACUACGGAUACGCCCUUAUUAAUACAAUUGAUAGGACUUAUUUACUUGUUUUGUAUGGUUAUUUGUCCCUUCUUUCUAUUGCUAAAGGUUAGUUUUGAUUCCUCUCUCUAUCGUACUCUUAUUCCUCUAAUCCACUUACAAUCUGAUAGUUGCUAUGGAGCCUGAGCUCAGACGUAGAUAGGGCAUCACGGCUAGAAUUCUUCUUUAUGAGUCCAAUUCUUACUUCUUCCUUUCGAGUCUUAUAUCGUACUGCAAUUAUGAUAGCUGCUCUACUAAUACGAGAGGUAGGCAUUUAUAAUAGUAUUUAUACGAAAAAGAGGCUUUGCAGAAAGAACUAUAACUAGAGAAGGUCAAACUGCAAACUAAAAAUAAAACUGUAGAAACGACAGAGCGGCUGUCAAACCUUAUUUGCUUACUCGUCUGCUUACUACAAGCAAACUGAUUUAUGAGUUGCAACCUUACUUAUGACUUGUAUUCUUCUUGCUGAGAAAGAGAGUUCAAAGCUGCAAUUGCUCAUGCCUCUAAGCCCAUCCUUUUUUAGGCUUCUUUGGGAAUCCCCUUUCCAAUCAGAUAGAUUUCGAGAUAGAUUCACUCCAGUGUGGUGUCCCGGCUCUGAUACGCUUCCUUUAUACGAUCUCAGAGUAGCUUUAACCUUUAAUAGAGGAGUGAACCCACAUGGGAGAAGAGAGGAGUAGUAUGGGAGAGAGUCGUAGUUCAGAAUAAUCCCUGUAUCAUAACAAUAUUUCUGUAUCGAGUGAGUAGCUUGGAUUGAAUUCCUCUUAGAGUUUCCAUUCCUAUAGGUGGGCCUAAGGUUGGGUAGUUUGUAUUCCUCUCCCGCAUUGAGAGAGAUUCCAACUCCUAUAGAGAAAUACUCAAUAAAGUACUUGGCAAAUAGUAAAGUCUUCGGAGGAUGCGUGUCAAUAGAAUUCGGAAAUGCAGCAAUAAUAGGACCAACUGGACCAGAAAGUCAGAUAUACUGUUGCAAACUACUGAUCUAGUCAGGAUUUAGAAAGGUCGAUGAAUGGAACCUUGUAGAACUAUACUCCCCAGAAAAAAGGAAACUAUUUACGGGUUUCAACCCUCAUGACAAAAACAAAAAAUUGAAACAUCAACACCACCAACCCCAUCUAACGCUUGAUCGAAGUAGGCAUUGGCUGACUGACCUGACUUCGAUUCUGUAAUGAACUUACUCAAACAGGAAUCGCUGCUUACGAUCUUCAUUCGGCACUUCCUUUCUAUGUUGCUAAUACUACUUAAACUACAAGCAGAUUCGCUGACUUGCAUUCUGAUGUCCGACUGGAAAGCUUAUACCUGAUAAAUAGAAUGAUACGUAUUCAGCGGCAACUCCACUUUCAAUCUGGUAUCCGGCUUGAAUUCUGGUAUUCUCCUUGGAUUCCUCUAAAGGGCAUACAAACUUCUAAGUAGAACGGAAACCUGAUAGCUGACCUACAUUCUUCACUUCGUACUUGAAAGCUUGCCACAGCUAUUAAUACUAUCGAGACGCCAAGUCAAGCUUAAAUACUACUUUCAGUUCUGAUAACUUAGUGGCUAAAACAAGGGAAACUACUGCUUAAUACAAGAGUUAAUACCCCUACUACUAAUGCUUGUCUUGAAACCUUAUUUGCUUACUCGUCUGCUUACUAAAAGACAGAGAGCCGAGAAGCUUAAUCACAGCUUUUAUUCUUCUUACUGGACUUGAGUUCUUCUAUUCUAUCUUGAUAAAACUAUGUAAACGAUAAGUAAGCUUACGGCAUAACUUCUUGUAUUCCGAUAGCUGGCUUACUUACUUAUAUGGGAGCAGCUAAUACAAUAUAAACAACAAAGAAAUAUCACGGCUACAAAUCGAAAUUCCUACUUUCAAUCUGCUUGCAAGAAUUGUAGCUGCUUCGGAUACGACUAAUGCUUGCUAAUACUCUUGAAAACUAGAAUCACGACUAGAAUUCCUAUUUGUUACUCUAAAUCUGUAAUUCACUGCUAAGACUGCUGAUACGACAGCUCCAUACCAGGGACACGCCUAAUCUAAUACUGAUAAGUGAGUUUCAAUCUUAUAUCCGGUAAGCGAGUAGCAAGCUUGAACUCUUCCUGCUAAAACUACUGCAACUACUUAGCAAUGAUGGAAUUCAGAGAACUAGCUGUAAUUCUGCUUUCUUCCUGUCAGUCUUAUAGCAAGAAAGCAAUCUGCUAACUUCAAUUAACACUGUUUAAACGACAAGUCAGCUCUAUCUUGUAAGCCUCUGUAUACGAGAAGCAAGCAACUAAUUCUGCUAACAACUGCGGAAACUCAUUUUCGAAAGGGGAUUUCCUUAUUUACUUUAUUUCAUUUUAUUUCAUUUAAUAGAAGAGCUGCUUCUUGAAGUGAAUGAUCGGAAUUCAGAGACCAUAGAGAAUAAUCAAAUAGCGAAGGCCAAAUAGAGAGUAAAGGAAAACAAUGUGCUAACAGAAGCACAGGGAAAAGCAUUCACAGAUAGCCCAGAACAUAGGCAUUGAGUCUAGUAAAUAAAGUAGUGGAAACGGGCUAGCCAAAAGAAGGUACUAGUAAAGAUCAGUCACACGGGAUUCGUUUUUCAUAGACGAAUAGGCUUUCGAGAGCAAAGGCCUUCCUUGGGCAAACUAGUUUCUCAAUCAAUGCUUAUUCGCUUAUUUGUCACAAUAACAUACAACACGUUAACCGAGUACUAAUAACGUAAUUCCGUAUCCUUGUUGUUCAAGGAAUAAAAGGAAGAAGAUCUUAAACAAAAUCCACAACUAAAGAUAGUACUACUAGGCAGACAGGGACCCGCCUGACUAUUUCGUUUUCUUCACAGAAAAGAUGGGAUAAGCUUUUGAAUUCAAGCGCAGGGAGAACUACCAACAAGCACUUCAGAAACUCCAACUUACUCGGCAUCUACUGAACAUCACUUCUAUAUCUACUGAACAUCACUUCUAUGCUGAUCUUUCCUCUCUACCUAUACAACUGAAGUUUCCAGCUUUCCAGCAAGGUAUUGGGAUAGUUCACUCAGAUUUUGAGAUGGUUUUUGGGCAAGUGUUUAAAGACGGAACCUGGCCCAGUGUGACUUCAGGUAAAGUAUGGCUGCCUUGUAGGACAGGAGUUUACUUAGCUGCAUGCAUUCAUUGCAGACCUGGCUGCAAGCAUCCAUAGAUAGCUGCCGAAGGUACUUGUCUUAUCACUCUUUGGCAAUCGAAUUGACAGUGCAUGUGUGGAAAAGAGAGCUAGUGGAUUCCUUCUCGUUGUUUAGUCUGGAAAUACACCAAUAGCAACACAGAAUGCUAUUACGAUACCUAAACUAACCCCUACUCUCCAUUUUCUGUCUAUAUUAUCCAUAGGUAUUUGUAUUGCUGGUUCCUCUGGUGGUAUGACCUCUUUCAACAUAGCCAUAUUGUUAAAACUAUUCUCAUCAAAGGUAAAAGGAGUAUCUCCCCGGAUUGACAUCACUAUAUCUGAUAUAUCUUGAGUUUCCUGCAGUGUUAUCUUAGUAUACCCUUGUACAAUAGCACUCUCAUUGAGAAAGUAAUCCCACGACAUAUAAAGCAGUUGAUCUGGUUGAAUAUCUAUAUUACAAGGUAUAAACUUGUACCAAACUGUAGUGUAAAAACCAACUCUGACAAGUGCGAAAAUACUACCAUAUACAGUAUUGAUUCCUCCAUCCAUAGAUGAUUGAUAUAGUUGUCAUUUUUAUCAAACAAUUGGUUAAAUUAUUGGAUAUGAAAAAAUAUUUCUUUGAUAAUGCACUUUUAUAGGCUGGCCAUAACACUGUUUCUAACCACUUAUUACCAUCAUCUAUCCCGGGUGUAAAUUGUUUUAAAGAUAGCAAAUCUUUCCAAGAAUCAAACUUCCAUUUAUUUAAUGUUGCGUUAAAACUGACAAUAGGAGAUGUCCAAAGAUAAUUUGCACCCAGGAUCAUAAACUUCAUAUGAUAUUUGAUGAAUGAAAUCUUUAUUAGUUAAUGAAUCCAUAUAUAACUUACUAUGAUAUGCUAGUUGAUCAUUUAACGAUUUGAAUAUAUACGGGCCAUUAGAGAAAAUCUCAUUAGAGAUAAUAUCAUUUGAUCUAUUAGAAAUACUAUUAUUAGAUAAUAACUUCUUAUAUAAACCCACUACUUUCCACAAUAAUGUUCUAUUUACAGAUUCCACUGAUGUACUACAUUCAAUAUCCGGUACUUGGAAUAUAUUAGAUACACCUCUCUUGUCAAAUACAAACUUUUCGAACUUACAAUACAAAUCCCUCAUACGGUUGAAAUCGGUUGUCAUGAUUGCUAUACUUUAUUAAAUUAAUAUUUGAAGGUUGGUGGGGAUUUCCAUUUUUUAGAGUUGAAACUCCUACCCUAGUGCUCAAUACUGUAGUGGUAGAGAGCUAUUUUAUCCCUAGUAUACUUUGUACGUACGGCUAGAGAUUGAAGGGAAUCAACUUAGUAAGCAUAUGCCUACUUUCUAUGUGAGUUAAUCACGUGAACAGAUAGUAUCAACAGAGAAGUCACAUAAGCACCUUCCAAUCGAACUUCUUUUGCUAAUUAACAAGAGACCAGACAAUACAAUAGCUCUUUUCAUUUCCUAUAAUAUAAUACUGUACUUUAUACGCUCCUAUAAUACUUAUAUGCAGAGAAACCCUAUACGCAGAGAAACCCUUUCUUACUUAUGCAGAGAAACCCUAUACGCAGAGAAACCUUCUCUUACUCGAAACCCUCUCUUCCCCGAAGACAGUCUUCCUCGCCAACCCAUAGAUAGGCGCUUUCCUAUAUUAUAUAUAUGGAUUCGUUCCCGGAGCCAGAGCGGAUUCCAUGAAUUGACGUAUAUGCUAUGAGCGUAGUUAUCAAUCAGGUACGCCGGUAGCAAGAUUCCAUCCCAUCCCUGAGGAUAGUGAUUUCUGGUAUAGAGUAUUUAUAGAAAACUCGUAUCAAAAAUAUCAUACCAAAAAGAAAGAAGAGAUAAAUGAGCCUUGUUUCCCGAGAGAGACCGCCAUCUCUCAGGACUGCAGUCUUAUAGUCGACAGCUCUAUGUGGAGUUUUACAAGCCACCACUCUGGACCGUGGUCUUAGCUCUCACACCGAGAAAGCCUGCCUUCCCCCCAGAAGAAAGUCUUUCUCUCCCUCGUUUCGUUGUUAAAGAGAAAACAAUUGGAUGCUAGUUUGAGGUGAGACUAGUAUCUCAAGUAACUCAAAAUAUCUCUGCUCAGUAACGUAACGAUCUUCCUCAUCUAAUAAACAUCCUUAAGGUGUGCUCUACCAGCUGAUUGGCUAAGGCAAAUCUUCCCCUCGAAUAUAUUACCAUCAACGUAUAAAUGGGAUGAAAGGAUUAUCCCGAUAUUUAUCAAUAUCAUUCCGGAAAUAUAGAUCACCUUCUAAAAAUUUAGCGCACACAUGAUGCAUAUAUGUGACGCUAAGUGCAAAUAGUACUUUCUUUCCCAAGUCAGCAUUAUCCAUCACUGACUGAUUUUUAUAUGGUGACGAAACCGUCAAAGAUGGGAAAUUCAAAACGUAUUGAAGCCUGACGUCCUUGCUAAUUAUAUUAUACAUUACAUCUACUAUAUUGGUAUGAAAUAGGUUGGCAUGAAAGAACUCCAGAAUAAAAGGCCAAUCAGAAUUAUUUUUAUUUCUCGCUCGAACGAACUCUCUGAAUUCUUGUGUAUAAACACAAGGAUCAUUCAUUUCACAAAAUGUUUUAUAGUUCUCUAUAACUGUCCAAAUACUAUCAUUCUCUUUGCUCCCAUUAAGCCACCAUAGUUCACACAUUUUUCCAUCAAUGAUUUUGAAGAUAGCUCUUACUUUUCUAUUAUCUUCAUGAAAAUCGACACCAUCAGCGAUAAUAUCAAUAUAGGUUCGAUUGGUUGGGUGAGAAUCAAUCAAAGGGGUUUUCAUUCCAUCACCGUAUAAACCUGCCCAAACUAAAUUCUCCCACAUGAGAGAACAAUCAUCUUCGUCUCCGAAGUAGGGAUCAGCACUGAUUGUGUUACCGCAGCCUAUUAAAACAUGAGGGAUUUCGCUGUAUUGUUCGAUAUCUUCUAUACCCCCGACGGAGUUUACAUGAUAAACGUUUACCGCAUAAUGGAAGGCUACUUGUUUAUUUAUCAUUUCCCUCCGUCGAUCUAUAUUUUCAGUUACUAUUUUCAUUUGUUUGGCUAGCUCAACAAAAUCAACAUUAGGUGAUACCGUGCUAAACCUUCUAUCCCCUGGAUCCAUCCCUCCAGGGGGUCAGCGCAUCUGUUUUGGGUACAGAGGGCCAUAGGUUCGAAUCCUGUCACCUUGAUGUGGUAUUCACAGGGGCCGAAGUGCAAAGCCCCGUAGCCUAUCCGUGGUCGGGAAGGCAGGCGAAAAGCACGCACCAAAAAAAAAGAAAGCUAUAAUUUUCUUUUUUUCUUUUCUUCUUUGUAGUACACGAGUGAAAUUGGUUACGGUGGUACACCUGUGAAAUAUAUAAAUGUUAUGGUUGUACACGAGUUCCUUAUAUUAUAGGUGUUUAAGACCGAUUACGUCGGUUACACGAGCGGUAGUACAGCGAAAAUGUUUUUCAAUUUCACUUAGCUUGGUUACAAGCCUGGUAGGUACUACAGCGGAAAUACAGUUGGUUUCACGUUAAUUAGGUUAUCUUGGUGGCAAACAAGUGCCUGGUAGGUUAGGUACUACGACUGAAAUGGUUUAUGAUGGCACAUACAGUACAUUUAAGCUGUAGUACGUGGGCCUACUGUGGUAUUGGAUGUAUUGGUUGUUGCCGAGUCUAUGCUCGACCGCGCUCCCUCUCAGAAUAGAGAUCACGUUUCCCUUUACCCACCCAGAAUCUGAAGUGAGUGUGGAAUCUAUUCUGCCUAUUGGCAGAUGGCUCUCUAUUAUCUUUCUCUGGGUCCCCAUUAUAUUAAUAAAUAUGAGUGUCAGGCUUGCUGUACUGAAUCUCUUUAUAGUCUACCUGUCAAGCCCAAGAUAAGGGCAAGGGCAAAGCUCCAAUAGAGCACUCGGGUCUGCCCCCUGAAAUAGUUCUUGACGGCUCAGACUAUUUUCUAGAUCCGCCACUUAGCCCUGAGGAGGGUGCCUACUCGACCCAGUCAGGUACUACUCCACCGCCGGCCCCGAGUCACUCCGCAGGGGGCGGGGCUGCACCUUCUUCAAUUUCUCCUGCAGAUGAGGGGGAACCAGGGAGUCCACCACGUCCUUUCGGGUCUCUGACUCUGAGUAGCAGGGAUCUCAUAUUUCAUAAUUUGAGUUUGCAGUAUCUGGAAAGGACCAGGAGCCCAGAGGAACUUCUCAAAUUAACUAAUAAAAUCUAUGAAGGGAAGCAAUCCGUACUUUCAGAGCUUAGGCGUUUAGCUGGCCCUUUCCAUGGCCAAAUCAAUCCUGUUCCAGGAUAUGGAUAGUGCGGGCAAUGCAAUACGAAACCCCCAAACCAAUUGUGAGUAUAAUCCUAAAAUGUUUCAAAGGAUCCUUCUUGACUUGCAGCUGGAAGGGAUCCAGAGUAAAUAUUAUAGCCAAUUCGUAAAUCAAAGGGUGGAUAGCAUCCCAAAAGAAUCCUGGAAUAAUUUAAGGAUUGAUGAAUUACCUUUAAACCAAUUCAAUCAAGAAAAGUUCCUGCUUUUGGGCUGCUUUGUGAGUUGGUUCCACUGGCGUAACUACCCCCGGAGGGCGAUGCGGGGCGAGGCUGGGGGCAGCCGACUCAAUCCUUCCAAAUCACUAGAAGGCAAGUUCAUUCCUCUUGUGUGCGCAUGCAUUAUCUAAUGCUAAGGACUCUACAAGAAUCGGUUAAGCUUUUCGUUUUAGUUUGAUCGGAGUUCGGUACCGGUAGCUAAGGCAAUCCCCUCUCCUGUCCUGUCCUGUGCAAGAAUGAGGAAUAUCUUAGCUUAGUAUAGACACGUGAGUAGCUAACAGAACUGAGUAACCGACUGACAGACAGAGUAGGAUGAGGGAUUGAUGUCUGUCUUUGAUUAGCAAAAGCAGAACUCUUAUAGGAAGUUGACUGAGCACUCUCAUAAAACUGGUAGGGAGAUUUUUUGUGGUGUUCUAGGAAAAUGAGCCAUGAUCAUGAAGUGAAAAGCACGUGGUAACAAAAUCGAAUGAAAAGUACAGCCUAUCUCGAUUAACUGAUCGAAACCUAGCGCAUCAUGUUUUCGAGUCGCCAGGUGUUUAUUCUCUUGGAAGCAAGCCAACUCUGCCCACCCAAUUCUAUAUAUCUAUCUUUCUUCUUACUAGUUAGAUCGGAGCCGACACAAGGAAUUGAAUUGGUCGACGAAGCCAACAAGCAAGGUCCACAGCGCAUUAGAAACAGGGCAAGCUAAUAAGUAGGUAGGGUGGGACUUGAAAACGGAGCUAACUAUGCAUUCCACGGAUGCAAUAGCCAGAAUGAACUGGGGCUGGCUUUUCUGUAACUAGUCUUUCCUGCUGCCCAACAUUCUACUAUUCGUUCCAACUCUUCGUUCCACGGAGCUAGGAAGAAGUCCUGCAAAAAGAAGAGAUGCACUUCCGGCUGCCUGAUAGAGUGAACGAUUUGGUACGUGGUAACGCUGUAAAGUCGAUAUCUCACCCAUGAAUAGAGGGCUGGCUAGCAUCUCACCUCAAAAAAGAGAAAGUUGUCUCACCAUAUCAUAUGCUCGUUUUCUAAAUCCAGUGUUAUGCUCUCUUCUUUGCUUACACCUGUUACGCACCUCUUGUGCAGUGACAACACUACCCGGGAGUUUAUCUUAGCUGUCUGGGACUUACUCUCCUAUCCACCACUGGUACUAGUCUGUUGGCCAACACUUUAGUAAUGAUCUUGGACAAUAAGGAAGGCUGAUUGGUCUAUACUUUUAUUCUGUUAAUGGAGUACUGUAGAAGAGUUCUCCCAACCCAAGUAUCUUCGGUUUCAGUUCUCUCUCUCUUUUUGACCUGCUACUCUGCUGUUGUUUUGGCCCUUCAAGGGAGGGUUGUUGAAUUUCUGAAUUAAGAAUUAAGUAAGUAGAGCAGUUAGGUUAUGAGCCUUGCGAGCUGUAUGGGGGAGAACAUAGCCUUUUGGCUUGGAAUAAUAAGUACAAAAAAGGAAAAAAUCUCAAUAUGACAAUCUGAAUUACUUGAUGCAGUAACAUCAGGUUGUUCUGUCGUUCGACUUAUCGUUCAUCUCGCUGUACUUCUCUAUCGAAAGAUAAGGGUUCAUCGAAGAAAGGGAAGGGAACUAUCCGCUCUUGUCCUUCAAUGAAAGCAAGCCGGAUCCGAUGAAAUCUUCACUCGGUAAUAGUAUAGAGUAGAGUGCUCCAUUGAUAGUGGUGGAUUGGACUUCUUGAAAUAGAUAUAUAUAUGUGAAAGAAAGAGAUGGUUUCUUGCUCGGUGAAAGGAAUAUCACUAUCCCUCGUCCUAGGGUUUUCCUGCUUGAUUCUCUUUUCAGUGAGGGAUGCCCACUUAAUCUUAAUAAAGUAAGUAAAGAAUGAUCGAUUCGAUAGGAAGCACUGGUUCAAGGAAUAACCCUUGGAUGCUGAUCUCUGGUUAAAGGAUUAACCGUCGGAUAGCGAGCUGGAAUCGAACCAGCAAUUGAAUCUUGUCGCUACUUUGGCGGAGUAGACCGAGGGGGAAUGUAGAGUAUAGUUUACGACAAAAGGUGUUCUAGGACCAAAGGAUCGAAGAGUGCGGCCUACUGUACUUGAGGAUUAGGAAUAUGGAAGAUAGGGUUCUCCUAAGACCUAAGAAUAGUAGAGAAGCAAGGGUUAAUAGAAGCACCGCUGAUGUUGGUCCAAUCUAGCUGGGCUGGAUAAGAAUCGGGAAGACUCGGGCAAACUGGCAAACAUCGGAUGAGAUUGCACCUUACAACAUAGAAGGAAGAACUAACAUAACAAUCAUCUCAAAAAUCCAGAUGAAGGAGAGAAGGCAGCAUACAAAUAAUAAAUAGAAUAUCUAGGGUGGUAACACCUGCAACUCGGCAAGGAGAAGGAAUCCCUGUAGUAGCGAGCAGUGUGAUUAGAUAAACCGUACCCCCUGAGGGGCCUGGCGAUACGAACCGGUUGAAUAGAAGAGCUUCCUUGGUUGGAACAGAAGAUAGAAGCUGAUUAGAAAACAGAUGAGAGGCGGGCAGCAUUGAGAAAAGUACUAUACUUAACUUAGUUUUAGUUAGGGUCGGUUUGACUAAAAUAAGUGAGUGGGACUCGCGAACUGGACAGUAAAGUGACAAUAGGGUGGUCACUCGGAAUACUUUUGUUAGGGAAAGCCUAGUAAAGUGGUCAACUAAUAAAUAUUGUCAAUAAAGAAAGGACUGGAUCAGAGAAGUAUGAUGUAGUCCCCUUCCCUGGGUAUCACGAACGGGGCAUCACAACCAUCAUAUCAUUCGAGGAAUGUUUCCAUUCCGAUACUGGCAUCCGGAGUCCUCCCUACUGAUCCUUCGGAGCCGGGGUGCAAAGGAAGCAAGAGCACUGGGAGUACGAAUAUCCUUAGUCCGAGGAAGGGUGCUAUAUCGGUGGUGCAGUUCUUACACAUCAUUAUAUCCAUAUUGGAAAUCAAAUAAUCACCUGGCCCACCCCGAUUCUCGAGAAUCGAAGAGCUGACUUGCAUUCGAGGGUAGUGUUAAGCAACUUCCGGAUAUGAUCGAUAGGUUUCACCGUCAAGCAAAGCAAAUAGGAGAAAGAAGAGAAGUAGCACCCGCUGGGCAGGAUAAGUAUCUAUCAGUUGGCCAUCUCCGCCUAGGCCGGCGGAGACUAUCCAUAGGUUAAGUUGGUUCUGGUUGGAGGAUUAACCCUCUGAUUGUGAUGCUUGGCUUUUGGGCCUCGGAAAGGAAUAAAACUAGGCAAGCAAGGAGGGGAUAAAGGACCACGGAACGAGGUAAAGGGCAACCCCUUGACCGAGUGAAGGCGAGCCCGGAUUCAAAGUAAGAUGGAUUGAAAAAAGACUCCUAAAACUGCCCCCGCUGGGGUAGAUAAAAAACCUUUGUCCAUGGCCUUACCUUGUAGGAAAGGAUCGCUCGCUACUGGUAACCGUUAAUUCGUAAAACGUAUGUUUCGUAGGAAGCGGAAUCCCGUGGAAGAAUCAGUUUUCUCGCUGCGCUGGCUUAUGUGAUGUGGUUGGUCAAGCCUGCCUUUAAACGCAAGAAAUCAAGCUAGGAUUCUGGAAACCGGAAGGGUAUUCCCAAGCUCACAUUCCACUUCUGCAGCAGAGCUAAUAGAGAUUUGCAGAAAGGGAUAUGCAGACUAGAUGCACGCUAAAAGUGCCAGGUUCCAGUCAAGAAGCAAGGCAAGAGAUCCGCGGAAGAGAUCCUGAUUGUAGGUCCCGUUCCCUCAGAUAGACUGGCCUAUUUUGCCCCAGCUUCCGAGACCGGACUCGAGGAAGCUGCCCCUCCUGACAGGGAUUGGACGCGAAGGAUGGAGCAUCCGAACAUUGAAUUCGAGCUAAGAUUCUAACGAACAGCUGGAAUAAAGAACCUAUCCUUUCAGGAAUAAGGAAUGAGAAAUGGAACAGAGAGUGGUUGGAUGGAGUAUAAAAUCUAAAGGUUAUAUUAUAUAUAGUAGUGGGAAGAAAAAAAGACAAGAAAACGAUUGAAUGUCAGGCAAAACAGUUCUGUAAGUCGCGGAUCAAAGCCUGAAGUGAAGUGCCUGGUUGUCUUAGUAUUAUAAGUAAAGCAUUUCAUUCUCCGGUUUUGAUUUCAUUCUCUUUUGUGACGGUCUACUUGCUUGUGCUAAGGCUGCUGGAAUGAGCCUUCUAAGAGUAGGUUUUGAGACAAGAUCUUGAUUGAUCACUUAGUCUACCUUUUACUCAUUUCUUCGAACCUCUAUAAGUGUAAGAAAAGAGUGCAUGUACUUUUAGUGGACUUUACUUUUUUCUAUAGUGUGAGAGUACUUUCUGUUCAAUCCAGUCGCUCCAGAUCUGCCUGAGACAAAGCCUAUAAGAUCGUUAUUAAGUAAUGAAUUUGCAAAUAGAGAACUAAACUAUAGGAAUCAAUCCAAUUCUCGUUCUACAACAAGAAGAAGAUCCAUGAACUGGAACGGAUGGAAGAUAGCACUAGAAGUAAAAGAAAUAUUGAAAGGUGCGAAGCAAUCACAUCGCAACAAAUAGGUAUGUAUUACUUUGAGUUUCUCGCUGAACUCCACUGGACACCGACCUCCUAAAACUGACCUCUCUGCUAAUUCGAAUCGAGGCUUACUGCCGCUUGGUACUAUACUUCUUCCUGCCAGACUCUUUCAAUACCCAGCCCUCUUAAGUGUUUUCAAACUUGGCUAGUUUCUUCGAGAAUGGAAGCUUUGUCCUACGGCCUGCAAAUUCUUCUGCUCCUAAAGGAAGUUUCUGACCCAGCUUUAGAUGAUAGAGGAUUUGACAAAGAGACCUCUUCCUGCCAUACUGAUCGACUAUUCUCUUGAAAUGCCAUCUCAUCCUUCGGCCUAGCUUUUUCAUUUCUUCCUUAUUGGAUUCAAACUGUUUCAAAAGUUUGGUACUUGGUACAAAGUAUAUACCAACUUUCCUGGCUUCCCUAGAGGUUGUAUUAAAGCCGGCUUGCCUAACAGCCUGCUCUUCUUUCCCAGACGAGCGAGACGGAUUGUGGAUUGAGUUUGAGUUCUUUUGCCGCUUGCGAUUGAUUAAGUUACAUUACCUGCUGCACCGAGCAUUGAUUUGAACGAAUUAAUUACCAGACUUAUUGGGGAGUGUGUACGACUUAGUGGAGUGUUUCCUUUUUAAUAGAAUCAGAGCAGAGGAUUGAAUCGCAUGAAUGGGUUGAGCAUUUUAAUAGAUAUACCCUUUUUCUUAGGCAUCGAUUCUAGGAUUGAAGAAAGGGGAGAUUUCCCACACUUUGAAAGAUUCACCUAUUGGGUGGGGCGUGUUUGAAUUACCUACCCGGGAUUUUUCAUAUUAACUGUAGCUAGGGAAUUGACUGACUCUGAUUAAUAUCUUUGUCUAGCAUUUCCAAAUUGCCUCAAGACUGAUACAGAUUUUACGGAGUUAAUUACCACAGGGCGGCUUGCCCUAAGAGUAUAGUUAAGUGGGUCAAUUCCCAGAACAGACAGGGUUUAGUCAGUUCAUUGACUAGUAAAUGACUUGAUCCACUCAUUAGCAUUGAGUGUUGUCUGUAAUUUACUAUAUUAUAUUAUAUUAUAUAUAGUAGUAAUGAUGAGCACUUUUACCAGAAAGAGUUGACUGAGUUAAUGGAAUGGAUUCGCUUGUUGGCUAAUCUGAAUCGACUUACUUAAGUGUGGUGUUACCAGGCUUGGAAAGAAAACUUCUUUAUGUGUUUGAUUUCCCUAAUUUACUGGUACUCAAAUACCUGCCAAGCAUUCCCAAUCUCAGUUUUUGUCACACAAUAAGAUCCAAUUUGUUUAGACUCGUUAGGUUUGGUCACCCAUUACCUUGAGUGAGGCCAAAGGUGUACACCUAUUGUCAUGAAGAUGUGAUCAUAUCCACCGAAAGGUCUUGUUCUAAGCCCAAUCCUCUCGUCUUAGGUCCAUAAACCAACAAUAACGGGAGCUUCUCCUUUUUGGUUGACAACCUAUGUUGGUCUGACUAAGCCCACUAUCCUAAUGGGAGGGUCCCACCUUGUGUCGGGGUAAGGCUCCACCUCAUCUUGGGUUAAGGGCGAAGCUUGAAGCCAAUUUCUUCACUUUCCGUCUAGGGCUUUGCUUGGCAUUGGGCUUCGAUAUAGCUGGUGCUUUCCUGGUCUUGGAUUAAACCUCAGCUCUCCUAAUUCCGUCUAUAGGUGGUUCAAUCUUAUAAGUUUAGCU